AUGGCCGCACCACCUCUCAACGACUCGUCUGUCGACGCCGACUCCCGACUCGUCAAUAUGUCCUGUUUUGACCUUCUCCUGAUUGAGCUCGUCCCGCUAGCCGAGCGUAUGGCACGAGCCUACGAGGCGUCUCUCGAUCGUCCCACACCCUCUCCUACGAGCUCGACAGCUACGAAAAGGACAUCAAAGGGCCCCCCACCGAUGGGGGCCAAUAACGCCAUCAGCACAAGCACGACUGCGAAGACGACCACCAACACCACCACCACCACCACACCCUCUUCGAACUCGGCACCAAGCAUAACGGUCACGGGCGCGAACACGACCGCCGCAUCUUCGCAGCCCUCACACACCGCCCUGCUCGCCGCAGACGGCCUACCCACGACCACGAUCUUCGCCGAUUCCGUCUACGUCCGUCUCGAACGCCUUGGUUUCCGCGUCGGAGAAGGUCUCAGCGAACGGAUCUCGCGCGACAGGCCGCGCUUCAACCCGGCUGGGAUCAACGGGAGCAAUGUGGGAAACGUGAAUGAUCAUCACCUGGACGUGAUCAAGUUCCUCUGCAAGGAUAUCUGGGGCGUGGUGUGGAGGAAGCAGGUCGACAACCUGAAGACGAAUCAUCGGGGCGUCUUUGUCCUUACAGACAAUAAAUUCCGCCCACUCACCCGCAUGUCCAUGGCCAACCACGCCGAAGCCAUGCAGCGAGCUCGACCUCACCUUUUCUUCCCCUGCGGUAUCAUCCGCGGUGUCUUGAGCAGCUUGGGGAUCAAAGCCACCGUACAGGCCGAGACGAUGGAAUUGCCCAGUGCUAUUUUUCAGAUCACGACGGUGCUGCCUCAAGUAAAGCCGUGA